AUGUUCCAGCUUCAAUGGACACUGUUUGGAUUACUGCUGUGGCCUAUAGUUAGUACAGUGGGAGACACGCGAUCCCACGGUGCUGGACGGAAAAUGUCGACACUAUUGUCAUUUGAUUUGCGACGAAAAACUAAGCAUCAUCAUGAGAGAAAUGUUACUAUUUCACCUACAACACCAGCUCCAACCACAAAUAACGCAGAAGAAGAAGAAGUAGAGUUUUCGCUUAGGGUAUGUGUCAUAAGAUUGCGCACGCGCAAUCUAGACCAAAUUUCCCUCUUUAUGAGACGUAAAAGAGAGGCAUGCGGUUAUUACAUUUGUAUUUUUCAUUCUAUGUUUUUUUUUUUGUGACAGAGUACUUCGUACGCUUAUGUUAUUGAGUUGGAUCUUGGUACACCUCCACAAAGGGUAACGCAUUUGUUCAUAACAUAAGUGAUAAACCCUUAUUGCUCAGACAGGUUUCAACAUUUAUUAACUUCUCACAGAAAGAUAACGGAUAGAAAGGAAAUUGUGAGUUAGUGUCGACAUUUUCCAUAAACUUCUUGUAGCUGCUGUAUAAUAGAAUAAGAGUGAGGUAUUUGAUCUUAUCAAAUGAGCUGCGAGUACAAUAAUAAAGAAUAUAAAUAUGAGAGACUGGAACUAUUAUGUUUAAAAACCUGGUUGUACAAUAUUUUCGUUUAUGCCAAAGAAGGAUGUUCUAUCCGUUGAUUAGGUUUCCUCCAUCUGACAAUACUGGCAUCAACGUAACAUUAAUAAAACAAUUAAAAUGAUUUCAGAGUAGGUGAAAAGAUACAAAUAUACUACAUUUCUUAUUUAUAGCUGGAAUUUUUAAUCGAUACUGGCUCGUCUAACAUGGCAAUAGCAGGUGAGUACUGCUGCUACAAACAUCAGAUUUCAUAUUGAAGAUGACAGCUGCCGCAUAAACUACUUUACAACACGUAAUUUCAAUGAGCAGAUUAUGAAGCGGCUAAAGAGGUCUGUCUCGUAUCCUUCUUACUUUUAUUAUUGAUCAUGUAAUGAUUCUUUGUUUGUUUUGUUCUUGUUGUUUUUAAUCUUUAAUUGUUUUCGUCCCGUUUAAUGGACUCCUGUUUAAAGUAGCGAAAGUUAACUUUUUAUCUCUCUGUUAUUUUGUUUAUUUUUUUCCUCCUGUUUAGGCCCUCGAUGCCGUGACGAAAUGGAGCAUAAGUGCGAGAUAGAAACAUACUACUAUCCAGAGAAAUCUAGCACAUCUGAAAACCAACACACCCCAGUAAGUCACGAAAAUGCGUCAUUUUUUAGUUAUACACAAUCAGAACGCUCUCUUUAAUAUUAUGGUGUUUCUAGUAUAAUUUCUGGCCUGAAGGCUGAAUUAAUAAGAAAACAAAGGUUAUUUUCUGCCUUCUGAGGCCGUUGCCAAAAUACUGCAGUUCCGUUAACCAGCUAUGUGCAGUGGCCUUACAGUGUAACUGUUACGACAAAUUUUCCCUCUGCAUUGCAGAUUAGUGUCGGGGAAACCUAGUCCACGCAGUGUCAAGUCUAUUAAAGUCUUAGUUUACUCAAAGUAUUAUAAAGUUUAAUGCACAUAAGUAAAGAAUAAGGUGAUAUAUCUUACACAGAAAUUAUUUGAUAAUUCUUUCCUGACAUGUUCGUUUCUUCAGAUUGAAACGGAAUAUGGAAAAGGGGCGUGGUCGGGGAACAUUUACCGUGAUGUUGUGGCUUUCCCAGGUGAUGGUAAGCGGCGGCGAUUAAUGUAACAACAUAGCAAACUAAGCAGUUUUGAUGAAUAAUAAUGUGACUAUAUAACUUACAUUCUUAGGUCCCAGAACUACAGCAGAGUUUGCAGUAAUAAGUCACGAAAAAGAUUUCUUUCUGAGUAAGUAAUAAUAUUCUUUGUUCUUUUUAAACUGAUUUUCUUGACUAAAUAUAUAAAAUAACUCAAGACUCAGGUAAAAAAAUCGCUUUAGUUUUAUUGACGAGCUUUUUCAAAUACUUUUUGGGCUUUCAAUGCAGGAAACUCAAUUAACGAAGGUAUUCUUGGUCUAGCUUAUAAGAGUUUGGCGACAGAUGAAGUACAGGUCAGUGAUCAAGGCAUCUUUUUUUUUUCAAUAAUUUUAAAAAUUGAAUCGAAAGAUCUGUAUUAACUGAAUACUUAUUUAUUUUCUUAGCCACUGUAUGAUCAGCUCGUUCAAGACAAUAAAGUUCCUAAUGUGUUUUCUCUCGGUUUAUGUAACGGAAUGGUGAGUGAAAAACGCGAUGCUCUUUUGCACCUUAAACUUCCACAUGGCCUAAGUAAAGAAUUCUCUAAAAGGAAAAUUUAUUUUUAAAACUUUAGGAACAAAGGUGUCUUAGUUUCUUUUCGAUUUUCUUAUUCUCUCUCUCUCACUUCAGAGCUACAUCUUUCGUUCGUUCCUUUUACAAAAUGCGUAUCGUCCUCCUUUCUUCGUAAUUCGAACUUGGCCUUAAUUUUAUAUGCGAUGUUUUUUCCAAAGGGUAAAAUCUGGCUGGACUUUCCAGAAUCAUCUGAGUAUCAUGGGCCACUACAUUAUACAGGCAUUGAUCAGGAGACCUGGUACAGUGUUACAAUGACAGGCAUUGUGAGUGCGUGGUACAUUGUUAACCAAAUAUGGCGGGAAAAUUGACCUUGCCAACUGAAAGCAAAUCAGUAGUGUUCCCAAAUCAAUUAUAGGCAGGAAACUUUCGUCGACCCAAAUAGUUAUUCUAUCACCCGAUUGUUAAAGUUAGAUACACCAGUUAUAGACGAAAAUUUGAACAUUAUGGUUUUGAGCGUCACCCUCAAAUUAAUUUUCUUAUUAUUAUUCAUCUCUUUAUUCAUCUCAGCAUUAUGUCCAAAAUUACGCCGGCAUAAUGUAUCUAUAAACCCUGUUAAAGAGCUGGUGUAAGGCGGCAAAAGCAAGAAACCAUUGAUGGUGGCGUUUAAGUCUUAACCGAUUUUUUGAAAGAAGACCAUGAUCGUACUUGAAUAUUUGGGGAGCAAGGGUGGCGCCGAGGCACUACGUUGAUAGCACUCGCCUCCCACCAAAUUAAUGUGGCCAGGGUCCCGGCGUCGACGCCAUAUGUGGGUUAAGUUUGUUGUUGGUUCUCUCCCAACAACAACAACAACAACAACAACAACAACAACAACAGUUUAUUCAAUUGUCAAAUAAUUUAAGUCUAUGUUACCCACAAUUAGCGGAGCUAUUCUAGGUGGGCAACAAUACAAUAAUUGUCUCCUAUAAAGUCGGCAAAAGAACGUAAGUAAAGAGAGAGAAAAAAUAAAAUGAAAAUAAAUAAAUAAAUAAAUAAAUAAAAGGUAGCACCUAUAGAUAUAAGGAAGGAAAACACUUUAACUGAAUAAGGAGUUCAGGUAGGAACUGGUAAUGGUACUCAUAUCAACAUACACCUUCUUGGUCUCCGAAACCUUGAUCAGUAAUUUUCGUAAUUUACGCUUGAAAGGAUCUUUGCGCUGUUCACGUAACGUAAGAGGAAUUUUGUUUCAAAUUCUUACACCACUUCUAGACAAAAGAUAACAAUAGCUGAUUGAGUCUAGAUCUCUGGACAUAAAAAUUACCUGCUGCAGAAAAUCUGGAGAAUGGAUCACGUUAGAACGGACGAGCAAUUCAGAAAUUUUAGAACGAGUCCGGUUAUUGGAGAUAUCGUGCAUUAGGAUAGCCCAUUAUUUAAAGUACAGCAAAUUCAGAAGCAAAACACCAGACCUGAAGAACAGAGGUAUGGCAUGAGCUCUCCUGUCAGAAAAGUACAUUAACCGCAGAGAUCGUUUUUGCAAUAUUAGAAUUUUGUUCAGACUUGAAUUGGCAGCUUGUCGCCAUGCAGUUAGUCCAUAGGAAAUGUACGGUUCGAUUAAGAAACGAUAAAGCUUUAAGAGAGUACUGGUAGGAACAAAAUGCCUAAGCCUGGCAAUGAUGCCUACCCCUUUGCUUUUUUUGACCAAAUAUAGUCUAUGUGGUACCUCCCUUGUUCCGAGAGGUUUUUCUUCAGGUACUCGGGUUGCUCCGGGUACUCCAGCAUUUCCAAAUUCCAAUUCGACCCGGAAUUCAGGUAGACGAAGAACUACCGUGGAUGUGCUACCUUCAAAUCGUUAUUUAUUUAUUUAUGUUGGACGUGGUAAGACCAAACCUGUAGAGGCUAUAUGUAAAAUAAUAUAAAAUCUUUGAGUAGUUAAUAUCUUUAAAAUAAACGUAAUCAUAAAGAAUGUAGAAACAGAAAAGAAACCUGAUAUGUUGGAUUGCCCCAGCGUAAAACCGUAUAACUUUCCCUAUUUAAUAUUAAAUGAUGUCGCUAAAACUUAACUCUGACAAACAGAAUCAUACACGUACACUAUGAUCAAAUCGGCAAAUGUCGAACAAAAUACAGACUGUACUUUACCUUUUAGCAUCUGUCAAUGUAUUGUUGUAUUUCAGGAUGUUGCUGGCAACAGCCUAGGUUUGCUACCUCCGAGUUUUUCAUCUGCUAUUGUGGAUAGUGGUGAGUUCGCUAGAAACAGGCAGUAACGAUUUGUUGGGCAAGGAAGAAUUUGUUGUUGAUCUUUACAGUUUGCACUUAAGGAAGCGUGUGUUACAUGAAACCUGUGGUUAGAGCGCUAAACCAAGCGAUAAGUACUCGAAUCCCGUCCCCUCGGGAAUCCGAGAUUGAGACGUUUGUCAUGCAGGAACCGAUUACUUCUCGUGCGUUUGUCGAGGAAGAUUUAUGUCAUGAUUCAUUUAAAACAGAAGAAAUUAAACACUUGUAAUCUGCUACCCAGAUCUCGCUGGCGUCUGUCUGUAGGUCUGGAAAUCUUAGCUCGAGACCAGUUUCAUACUUUAACUUGGCUGCGAGGCUGAGGGGAAUGAAAGAAAAAAAAAAUCAUUAUUUCCUGAAUCUCGAUGCGACUUCUUUCGUUUUAUAUCCCUCAGUCUCGGUGCAAAGUAUGAACCUUAAUAAUAACUUAACUGGUCUAUUAGGGUUAGGCUACUCGAUCCCCAUCUAAAAACUACCUAAGCAGGAAAAUAUCCAAUCAUAUAUGGAUUUUUGUGUCGGCAGGUACAACGGACAUCUUAUUACAACCUGAAAUAUACGAGGCCGUUAUAGCAGAGCUAAAAACGGUGAGAUUAUAUAUAGAAUUAGCCAGGGCUAAAAGCGAAGCUCUCGAUAAUAUUUAUAGUUUGUUCAAACAAAUUAUAAAAUUGCACGUGCAGCACUCUUUUUUUGUACAUUUCUUUGCCGUUGUUUUGUACGACUACAACGUGAAACUUCAAGAAACUUCUUAGUUACACGUUUUAUGGAGGAAAUGUCGUACGUGUUCUCGUUCACUUAUUUUCACUGCCGAUCAUUUUCACAUUGCAUUGGUGGCCGCUAGCAUUUCUCAUUUUGUCAUCGCCGCUACACAAUUUCCAUGUUGUUCUUCCAACAAAAAAAUUAUGCCUCCUUUGUUUUUUAUCUCUCUGCUCUAAAUCUCUGUCGCCUUUUCUCUCGUUGAGCUUCGCUGACCUGCCGCUCACUUUCUCUUUUUCUCUGUCUUUCUCUUGCUCUAUAUUCCAAAUUUGUGGACAUGACAAUUUAUCUAAGCUUAAUACUUCAGACAACAUGGAUACAGAAACAAUUUUCGCUUUCCCUUUUCGUUUUUAUUGACUCUUUUGGUUUUCUCUGCUUUACAAGACGUAGCCUGCGAGGGAGAGAAGCGACGACCGGAAAUGCGUCUGCUGCUCGCAGGCUAUACAAGACGCUGCUAGCUAUGCGAAUUCCCGCCAAAAUAACCUCGAGUGACACCUCGAGUUGCAUUUGGGUUGCCAUACCUGUUGAUUGAGUUAUUUUACAUUGGUAUGCCCGUAGUGCGGACGGACGAUCUCUCGGGGCAGGCGGUCGCGGUCACGGUCACGUGAUUACCAAAAUUUCUUGGAUGGAUAAUUUACUUCAUUUUCUUACCCAUGGUGCUCCACAGGGGCGCGCUUCGGGCGCGAGAGCUCCGCUAUUGAUCAGAUACCAGAAAGCAAGUAAUUUCGCUCAUUUAUGCAUUGUACUCACUAUCUUUCUUCUCACUGGCUGAGCACCUACAGUGAAUUUUGGAAAUCACUGUACCCUACUGGGCCGUGUUGUUUAAAGCUGGGUAAGAAUAUCCCAAGGUUAGUGCGAAAUUUCAAUUCGAAUAUGAAGGUUUAAAAAGGAAAUUAAGUUUAAUUCAUUUUUUCUAUAAUUUGAUAAUUUGACGUUUUAUAAAGAAUACGGAAAAUUAUCCGAGAAAAUGCUUUAGAACAAAAGAAAAAGUAACCCGGAUUAAAAGUUAUUUCCGGUUUAGCGCUAAUCGACCUUCGAACCUCUGAGUCCAGAUAAGUUAGUUAUCUGAGACUAGCAGGUAACUAGUCUGUUCGUUGCGCGACCAAUGCAUGAUUUCCAGGAGCAAUGACAAACUGUGUUCUGUGCGACGGUGUGUCUGUCGCCAUUCUUCAAAGUAAUGUAUAAUAAAACAAUUACUAGUUGUGUUUCGUGAUACCCGGAAUAAUCAAGGUCUCGGCUGAAAGCAAUUUCCUCGACCUUGAUUUUUCAGAUAUUACAAAAACCUCAUUCAAUAAUUGUAAGAUGUUAUAAAUCCCUCUCCUUUAAAAUAAUCAAGCCAUAGAAUUAUCUUUGUCAUUAUUAUUAUUAUUAUUGUUAUUAUUAUUAUUUUUAUUAUUAUUAUUAUUAUUAUCGUCAUCAACGUCCUCCUCUUCACUAUAAUUAUCAUCAUUAUAGUUAUCGCCACUAUUGUCGUGAAAAUGACUAUUUUUAUGACGGUUUUUUUAAUACGGUAAUGAUGCUGAUUUCGGCCUUUAGCCAUGACAUAAUGCAGGCGUUUUUUCACUUUUGCGAUCACUCCACGUCUUUUUGCAUAAUUAAAAACGUUGUGGAUCUGUCAUAAACUUCUUACCUGGGUUAAAAUCCAUGAGCAGUCAGUUUUAUUUAACACUUACGUAACUUGCUUUAACCUUAUUGUCAUUUUAUUUUGUUAGCGUGGGCCGCCAGUGGACGAACGCUUUUGGAACAGUUAUUGUGUUGAUACAGAUCCUUACCAGUGGCCCUAUCUUACUAUCUAUCUUAAGGACAUGAGUGAGUUGAACGAUCCUUAUUAAUGCCGAACCCUCUCAGAUACAUUUUAUAUAUGCAGAUUGUCGAGGCACUUAAUUUAAUGCUUAUAUUUUGCGUUUUUCCUCUGCAGUUGGAGGUUCAUUUGGUUUGACAAUUCUCGGAAAACACUAUGUCAGAAGGCAAGAGUGAGUCAUUCAGAUUACCUUUGUUUAAUAAGCAAACUAGUAUUAAAGCCGCGACGCACUCUUAAAACCUCUUUGAUUCGUUUCUCUUUUCAAAUGUUACAGGUUAAAUUUGAUUUCAGGUUGAUUUUGAUUUAAUGUAGGUUGCUUCUCAAUUUCGAAUGUCUCCUAGCCCUAGAAGAAAAAGGAAAUUGAGAAUCAACCUAGGUUAAAAAAAUUUAACCUGAAAUCAAAUUUUACCUGUAACACAAAUACCACAGUUUAGGUACGAUUGCUCAGGUCCUCAUCAUGAUCAAGACAGUUUUAAGGGGUCAAGAAUAAUUUUGAUUACCAGAUACUUAACAAUUAUUGGACGAGGUUGAGCAAAAUAUCGUGAUUUGUCUGUGGCGAGCAGAUUAGCCUGUUCCAGGCGUUCAGAUAGUAGAGCGCGGCGGUAAGUGGGGGAGCGAGUUAAGUUGUACACCGGGAAAACGGGGGGACGAGGGGGCGAGAGCGAGGGAACGCCUGUAAACAUUGUUAACAAAGGGUCCUUCCGGUAUACUGGAUUCCAGUAUACCCUCUCAUUGGGCGAUUAUGACACCUUCUGUUAACACUCGAGCACUGGUGACAUUGAUGAGGAAUGCGAUAUGGAGGGAGAGAGACAUCUGUUAUCGCAUCACGCGGACAUCGAAGCUACUAUAAACAAUGCAAUUGAGUAUUUCCUGUAUGAGGAAUCUUUUCGUGAAGAGCAGAAAAUUUGCUUGAAUCUCGUUCGCCGAGGCCAGGACGCUUUCGCGAUUCUUCUAACCGGCUCUGGGAGACCUUCAUUUUUCUACUCUUUCCACGAGUAAUAAACGUAAUCACAGGAAACGUUGGCGAGUCAAUUUCCACGAUCAUCAUCGUUGCGCCUCUCGUAGCCAUAAUGAAACCAAAAACUCAAGCGAUUUGGAAUAACAGCAACAACAGCCAUAGGUUGGGGACAGGAGGAAGGCAUGUGUAUGGACGAAGACACGGCAAUGUGAAAGGAGGGUUUACGUGUCAUCAUUUAUGGAAGCCCAGAAAGGCAAAAAAAAUCUUAUUUGGAGGAUUUAGUCGCAAUAAAAAGAUCAGUGCUUUAACAGAGGUCAUAGAAAAUCAGUACUUGUUACGCCGCAAAAUGUAAUAAUCGCCUCAAAAUGUAAUAUUAACGCAAAAUGUAAUAAGAAUCGCCGCAAAAUGUAAUACUAACGUAAAAUGUAAUAACAUUGACGCAAAAUGUAAUAAAAUUUUCAACGCAGAAUGUAAUAAUCUUUCAACGCAAAUUGUAAUAACUUUUCUAACGCAUAAUGUAAUAACGCAAAACGUAAUAAUUUCCGAAUAAUGACGUGCAUGCUAUUUCAAAAUCGGUAUUGUUGCUCAAUCAUCGGUAGUAGCGAAUUCAGAUCUUCAAUUAAAUUAUAAGCUAUUAUUAUUAUUGAUAUCAAUAUUAAUAUUAAUAUUAUUAAUAACAUUAAUAUUACUAUUACUAUUUAUUAUUGUUAUUAUUAUUAUUAUUAUUAUUGCUAAUAUUACAAUGAAACAGUUGAAAUGAGGAGAUGUAAUCAUCUUUAGAGAACCGAAUGGGACGUUUGUUUCCGCUGAUUUGAACGUAAUACAGGUCCCAAUACAGUGCCCACCUAGCCGUCCUUUAAGCCAACAUUGAGAAAUAAGUGUCAAUGUUGGCUUAGGGGAGGGGUAUGUAGACAGUUUCCCAUGAUUAUCCAAAAAUUCUAACCCAAACCAAUUACCCAUACACCCUCCCCCCUCAAGUGGUCAAAAAUGGUCGUCCCUAAAAAGACGAAAUUGCGCACUCUUUAUGGAUCUCCCAGUUCAAGAUUUGGUGCCGUCAACUCUAAGCCAACGGCGAUUGCGUUGCUGAGCAAAUUCAAGGUUUCGUUUAGCGUCGAAUGCGUUUCCUGAUAUUGAGUCGGUCGGUCGGAUUGAAAAAAAAACCUAAAAAACAAAUCACAAGAAGUCUCGGAAUAGGAGGCCCUAGGCCCGGUUGCAUAAAACGCCCGUAACAACUACGGGUAUAUGUACGUGCACUCGUAACUUAAGCGAGUUGCAUUAAAUCACUUAAGUGGUCCACUUAAGGGAAUUCACUUCAGUGGUUGCACUUACGAUUUUCGUAAGUGUUCACGUAAGUGUCGUUUAUGCAACAGCAAUUGCGGGUGUUGCAUAAAACGUUUUUUACGGGAAAAAUAGCACGUAAAUUUACGGGACCUAUGUAGGUCCCGUAUAUCGUUACUGUUUUUACUAAAGUUAACGAGAUCUUUUACUGAGAGUGAAAAAAAGUAAUUUUUCCUCACGUAAUUCGUUCUAAUGUGCUUUGUUAACCUUUUAUGUACACUUUAAAGCCGACGUUGUGAAAAAAGAAGAAGAAUUAUCAUUUUCAGUAGACAUAGAAGAAAAAUAACGAUUGCAUGCAAAUUUCAUUUUUUUGAGAGGCUUAAAAGUGUUCGAAACGACUUAAAAAUUUCUUUGCACUCUCCGAUGGUUAGCUUAAAAAAAAGAGUCAGAGUCAUUAAUAAAGUACUAUAUCAAGGUUACGUGUGCCCUUAAGUGAUCCCGUAAGUUACCACGUAAAACAGAAACUUACGAGAGUGCUAAGUGCGUUCCAUGCAACACCCGUAAGUGUACCCAUAACGGAUUCGUAAGUGACCUACUUAAGUGGGCACUUAAGUCUAGGUUUUAUGCAACCGGGCCCUGGUACCCCAGGACGACGUUAAAAGUUAACAUUCACAUAUUUGGAUUAACAAAAUACACAAUAUACUGUAAAAAAUGUUUAU